CAGUGUCGCUCGAGCAUCGGUGAGGGGGGAAGCGAGAUAUCCCGUGGAGAGCGGCAGGCAAUCAAGGCGUUAGGACAGUGUGCCAUGAAGAAAACGGAGCACACGGUGAUGGAAAAUGGGAUAUAACGCUGCGGACUAGACAGAAAACGAAAAGCGACACUGUAACCAAAACAAUAAAAAAAAAACAAAGAAAGAUAGAAAACAAAUAAAAAAAAACAAUAACGGCUUGACUGCAAAGAAUAUAAAACUAACUGACGAAAUAAAAAAAAAAGGUGAAAAAACUUUAGAAAAAUGGUCGCCUUCAGUUGGAAAGGCCUGCCGUGCCUACUCCUCCUCCUGCUGGUGCUGUCCUGCUUCCUGCUGACUGAGGGAGCAGGCCACGAGGAGGACGAGAGGCAGGAAACUCAGCAAGAAGGGGGAGCAGGGAGGAGGAGGGUAGGCAGGAGGGGAAGAGAUCAGAAUAAUGACGAAAAUGAAAUCCUGCGACGCCGUGGAAAGAAGAAAGGAGGAGGACGCCGAAGAGUAACAGCUGCAGAGGUGAGGGAGGUGGUGAACGCCGCCUUGGAACAGCAGCUGCAGCCCCUUCACACAGCCCUCAACCUCGUGCGUCUCGACACCUUCACUGAGCACGUGCAUAGACAGCUGUCCACCUUGGAGCACAUCCAGGGAAAGCUACUGACGGAGUAUGGGGAGCUUAAGGCAGCCGUGGGGGAAGUUGGGAAGAAUACGAUGGAUAUUGUGAAGCAGAUGGCGGCACUGGAGGCCCGCGUCACAGCUCUAGACCGCAAUGCCCCGCCGAGACACCCACAAGAGAAUCUGGUGUCAAGGCUGGACUCCGAAGACUACCCACAAGCCCCCGUGAGUUCCGAAAUGAGUCAGGUAACCCAGGCAGUCCGUGAAGCAGUGACCUCCAUCAACAACCGCCUGCAGGCCACGGAGAGACGGUUCAAGGAGGAUCUGGCCACCCUGGAGAACCGCACCACGCAGGCCAUGAGGAAGACCCACAUAGACCUUGACCGCCGCCUCGCUACUGCUGGUCACGAUAGCGUCCUUAUCCUCAACACGCUUGAUCAGCUGGCCAACAAGACUUGCUCUGGGGUGAUGAGCAGCACGGGGAGGCGAAUCACGCCUUCCUCCACUGCUCGGUCCAGGCAGCAGAGGACCUACAUGACGGGGACAAAGGAGCGGGCCACUCAGGAUGAACUGGCAUACUUCCCUACAGAGAAUGACGGGGUGAAGGAGCCGACGGAGGGGCGCGGCGAGGGGAGGCGGGGCGUGAGUGAGGCGGUGCCCUGGCAGACCAGAGGAACGCAGGGCCGCCCUAUCACUGAAGUCCAGACGCUUAACCUUGGAAUGGUGACUCGCCUUGCUUCGGAGAUCGCGCGCCAGAUGACGGAGGAAGACGCAGUCAACACGCAGCCCCGGGAUUGCGCUGCCGUGGCUGCUGCAGGAGAGAGAACCAGUGGAGUGUAUACUAUCUACCCAGCCUCCUGCACGGCCCGCUUCUCAGUACAGGUUUGGUGCGAGCUGGAGGAAGGAGGGCCCUCGUGGACGGUGAUUCAGAGACGCGGCUCUAAGACCUCAGAAACUCCUCACCCCGUCGUCGACUUCUUCAGGAGCUGGGCUGAGUACAAAUGGGGCUUUGGUAACCUGGAGGGCGAGUACUGGCUAGGUCUCGAGUACAUCCACCAACUGACGCAAUCUGGAGACUACGAGAUGCGGGUUGACUUGCAGGACUGGGCCAACGAGACGCGGUGGGCCAAGUACGAGCACUUCUCCUUGUCCAACGAGGAGCACAACUACACUCUCUCUCUGGGCGACUACGAGGGCACGGCAGGUAAUUCGCUGCGGUACCACCAGGGGGCUCCAUUCAGCACGCGAGACCGAGACAACGACUUCAACCCACGGGGACACUGCGCCAGAACCUUCCACGGGGCCUGGUGGUUCACUGCUUGCCAUGAGUCACACCUGAACGGGCGCUACCACCACGGCCGCCACAAGAGCUACGGUGACGGGAUCAACUGGAUGGCUUUCCGUGGGCACAACUACUCCCUCAAGUACUCCAGAAUGAUGAUCAGGAGGACCAACAUCUAAGACGACAAGGAGGAAAACAGGAGAAAAAGAAGGGAAUUAAAAGGAUGCAAAGUAAGAUGUUUCAAGAUCUUUUGUUUAAUUCUCGGCUUUGGUUUGUAGGGAAUGGCAGUUUGGGUCAGUAGAUGGGAGAGGUGGAGUUGUAGGAGGAGGUAGUGGUAGUGGUGGUAGUGAUGGUGGUUGUAAUAAGUAAAGAGGGAAUUUGCAAAGAUCUAAUGUGUGUUUUGUAAAAUACUUUAUGAUUAGUUUAUUGAUUAAUUUAAAAGAACAUCUAAGAAGAUUGUUGAAGAAGAAGAAUUAUAUAAAAAAUAUAUAUUAUAAAGUAUAAAGAACAUGUAAUUUACUGUUGAAAUUAAUACGAAGAAAAGAAAA